CUAACUGAAGCGCCGUAUCGUACCGCCGGGACUCUGUUUACGUAUUUUAUUCGGUUAUAAUUUGAGUGUUGUGUUAGAAAAAGUUAAGAAUUAUCCGUCGGAAUGUAUUACGUCGGGCGUGUAGACAGGGUGGCGGGUUACACGCGGCACGUGUACGCGGGCGGCGCAGGCGCAUACCACACGCGCGCGCCCGCCGUACCACUCAACGCUAAUGGAGAACCUAUCAAGUUACCGGAAAAUUUGGAAAGCCUACCACGAGCGGAGCAUUUUGCUGCGCAGAGGCAUCGAUGGAACACUAACGAGGAAAUUGCGGCCAUACUGAUCAGCUUCGAUAAACAUGGCGAUUGGCAGUCCAAGGAAGUCAAAAUACGACCAAAAAGUGGGUCUAUGCUUCUGUACAGCAGAAAAAAAGUCCGUUACCGACGUGAUGGAUACUGUUGGAAGAAGCGGAAAGACGGAAAGACCACCCGAGAAGACCACAUGAAGCUUAAAGUGCAAGGAACUGAGUGCAUCUAUGGUUGUUAUGUGCACUCGGCAAUUCUACCUACUUUCCAUCGGAGAUGUUACUGGCUUUUGCAGAAUCCCGACAUAGUAUUGGUCCACUAUCUGAACGUGCCGUACCCAGAUGACAACAAGUUGGCUACCGUAGCCCCGAGCCUCGCGCUCUGGGCUGAUAAAAAAGAAUGGACAAAAGACGAACUCGUCAGUCAAUUGAAGCCAAUGUUCUUUAGCGAAGAUGAACCGGACGUAAAUAGUGACUUGGAAAUAUCUGGAAAAAUGUUUCAGACAACGGAGACGGUGGAAGCUAUUGUUGGUCAGUUGAUGGAGAAGCAAAGAGCAGCGAGAGCUGCUGCUUUGGCUCGCCAACUUGAAUGCGGCUGCCCAGACUCCACCUGCCAAGAUUCAAGGACAUGUGCUCACCCAAUGCGGCGUAUUCAAACAGCAAAGGCACCGGCUUCUGACCAUCAUGUUUCCUCAACUACUGGCCCGUCACCAAGACCAAUGGCUCAACCACCACGACAGUACACCAGAGACCAUAGAGCUACGACACAAUCGUCACCGUUACUGCUAUCGCUGGGUCAGAUACAAGGUGGUGGGGGACUUCUCAUAUUAAAUGGCACCAGCAACAGUUCUCAACAGCAUUCAUCCUUAGUUUCACCUCUGUCUGUUACAUCAUUUGUUUGCGAGGAACCUAGAGACAGGUAUCGUCAACAGUACAAACCGACAUUCGUCCUGAAAAGGGAAAUACCGGAUAGUCAACAAAACACAUGUUUGACUAAUACUGAAUCAACGUUUGAAGUGGAGAGUCGAGUUGAAGAAAAAGUUGAAAUUGAAACUUUUGAUCGAAAAAUAAAGAUGGAACCUAGAAGUAGAAAUAAUAUAAUAGCUAGUGCACCAGCGACGCCGUCACGUUACCCAGACUUGGUGGAACGAUUGGAAAGUAAAAUUCAUACAGACCAUUGUGAAGAUACGCUGGUUUUGCUUGGGACUGAUGCCCAUUUGGAAUCAUCCAGUGGGUUUUUCGAUGAAACAUUGGAGCUAUCUCACGAGGAUAUACAGAAGACAUUGUCAGCGAAUAUGCCAACAUGUGAAUUAAAUAGAAGUGGAGUGAGAUCAACUGAAACCGCCAAUGUGAUGGUAUCGGGAAUAGAUACUAUGGACUUUAUAGAGAGUUGUGAAGCUGUCGCUUCCCCUACACAUGUGGUUGAUGAUAAUGUGUUUGUAAAUUUAGAUGCUUUUGAUAUGCUCGGUGACUUUCCGGAAUUGGAGGUAUUGGAUCCCAGCACUAUAUCUACUAAUCCCGCGAAUCUUUGUGGAAAUUCUCCUCAAACGGAGGAAAACAACGAUAAAAUGCAGACUGAUAGUCCAAGGGAAGGUGCACUUAGCAUUACUGACUAUUCUCCUGAAUGGGCGUAUCCUGAAGGUGGUGUCAAGGUAUUGGUAGCUGGGCCUUGGACGGAAACCUCCGAUCAGUAUACCAUUCUUUUUGACAACUUUCCGGUACCUUCAAUAUUGGUGCAGAAUGGUCUACUUAGAUGUUAUUGUCCAGCUCAUGAGGCCGGGUUGGCAGCAUUGCAAGUAGCUCGAGCUGGUCGCGUAGUAUCUGACACGGUGGUGUUUGAAUAUAAGGCAGGUCCAAUGUUGGCGCCGUCCUCACCCGCUUCAGCGCCGCUGCCUUCUUUGGAUCUUAGACGAUUCUCGUUGUUGCAGCGUCUGCAGCGGCUGCACGGGCGUUUGCAACUGAAGACGGAACCAAUGGAUGAUAAUAACCAGAUUGAAGAUGUGCAGUUAUAUUCAAAUCCAAAAUUUGAGGAUCGUCUCGUGGUCUUUUGCCAAUUUUUAAGUAACCGGUCGUUCGGUAACUCCGAAGGAUUCACUACGGAGCCUGGUGAAGACAGUUCCACCAUAUUACAUCUAGCUGCAGCUUUGGGUUAUACGAAGCUGACAACAGCCUUGUUGAGGUGGAGACAGGACGAUAAUAGCUUAGCUUUGGAGAAGGAAGUUAAUUUGGGAGCUAGAGAUAGCGACAAUUGUACCCCCUUGAUGGUAGCGAGCGCGCUCGGUCACUCAGACACCGCGUUAGUGUUGGCUCGCUGGGCGGCGGGGACGCGGCGGGAGGCCGGGGCUAGAGCGGCGGUUGCUGCAGCACGGCGCGGGGGGCACAGCACCCUUGCAGCUGCCUUAGAGAGAAUACAGGGGGACUGCGUGUUCAGAAGACCGCUCAGUUUAUCUCAAAAGAAUAGAGCUGGCAGUUUGGAGAGUAAUUUAGUGAAACGGCCCUCCAUCGACAGCGGUAUCAACAUGGCUGAUGCCUUUAGAUCCAGUUCAGCUAUAGACAAAACUGACACUAAUUCGUCCAGAUGGGAACGAAGUAUGUCGCUUCCACUGGACUCGGAUACCGAGGACAGCUUCGGUGACAUGAAACUUGGUCGCAGGAUGGACCUAGCUCUAUGGGAGCAGGAUGACCGUGUCUUCACGUUGGCUGAGCAGAUUAUAGCCGCUAUGCCGGAGAGAAUUAAGAAUGAGGGUAUUCUUUCGUGCGACCUGGACAGCGGCGCUUGCAGCGAGGACGUGCUGAUGGUGCCGUUGUUAGAUGACGCUUCAACCUUCAGCAGCGAGUUCAGUUUUGAGUUUUGUGAUAACACAUACAGAUACACUGGGGCAUCUACUCCAUCAUCAGGCUCCGUGUCUCCAGGCUCUGCGCUGUCUCCUCCGCCCUCUUCACCCCUCGCUCCCGCCUCUGCCACUCUACAAGAGUUCCUCAACACGACGCACUUUUCCAGCUUAACUCUAAACGACCGGGAGCAGCGCGAGUUAUACUCAGCGGCGAUCACGAUCCAGAAGGCCUAUCGUCAGUACCGCGGUAGACAGUUGCAGCGCCGGGCUGCUGCCGCUGCAAUCACCAUACAGAACUGCUAUCGUCGAUACAAACAGUUCGCGUACUUGAAGCAAAUGCACGCAGCGGCGACGGUUAUCCAACGAGGAUACCGCGGAUUGAGGGAGAGACGGCUCAAUAACACCAACUACGUCAAGCGAACAUACUCUCAGAGGAGACAACACCAAGCAGCGAGGAAAAUCCAACAGUUCAUGAGGCAAACCAAGAUCAAGUUGCAGAGAGAGCGAGCCGCAAACGCGAAGGCGGCCCUGCGCUCCCCGGAUGCCCACCAAAGCUCGUCGCAGCCCAUCACCAGUACACCCAAUAGGAUCAUUGACUAUCUAGCACCUGAAUCACCGAUGAACGCAGAUGAUGACCUUCUGAUCGAGCUUCUGUUUAAAAUGUGACCUGAUUUCAGAACAUCGACUAAUUCAAGCGCUUUAGGCAAUUUUUUAGUUUUCCACGACAUAUUUUCACGAGGACAGUUUGAUCAUCGGCUUGCAUCAGAAUUUACAAUUAUUGUUUACAUCUUUCAUAGAUUAUGACUAUUUGAAAAAUAAUUUUAUAUCUUUGUUUUUAAAUUACGAAUAUCUUUUUAACAUUCUCAGAAAUUUCGUCUCUAAUAUAAACCACUGCUGCCUCGAUGUUCACAUUUCUUAUGGCAUCAUAAACUAAAUAGUUCUCUUUAAAAUUUUCUAGAGUUGUGACAUAGUCCAGGCCUUGAAUUUGUGAGUCAACUUUAGUUUGAUACUGUUCCUGCAACAUCCCUCAAGAACAUCUCACACUCUUGAAUAAUUUCCAUACUUUCUAUCCAUACUUGAUUAAUAUUUUAUUUUAUUAUCUUUAGAAACGUCUCGUUCAUGUUUUGGCCUUAAUUUUGUCUUGCGUUUAACUCUUCAGGUCAUAGACAGGGUUAUAUUUAGUAUAAAUUUUAUCGUAUUUGUAUUAUAUUUUCAUAACGUAUUUUUGAGAAAUUUGUUUAGGGCGUUUAUUGGAAUCAUAUUUUUGAAAAGUCUAAAUUGAUUGUAAUGUAAUUUUCUGAGAUCAUCUGUAAUAUUUGCGACCUUCUCGAAACCCAUCGACGGCACAAUAUUAAAUUAUGAACAUUAAAUCUGAUGAAACCGUAACUAAUUGUUUUUCCCCGCUUUCAAAUGCAAGGUUUUGAUCGAGUCAAAUAUUCCUAGCUUUCACGGUGGAUUUAUGUAAGUAGGGUUAAGUACAAAUUCAAAUUAUUAAAAUGCCACUGUUCUAUUAAUGUAGUUGCACCUAGCGUAUAAUACAAUAAACCCGACGAGCUGUGAGUAUUUUGAGAUUUUAUCGUAUUUAAGAAAAAUACUUAGUUUUACUAUUGGUCUAAAAUUUACCAUGUAGGUUUCAUUCCAGCCUAAAUAGAUUUAUUCUGUUUUUGUUAACGCAACGUUACUUAGGUUCCUAUGCCCAAUGAUAGAUUUACAGAUAGUUGAUAUAUUCUGUAGUUCUAAAUCUUGUUGGACGGUAUAGGAACUAUUUCGUUAAAGAAAAAUAAAAAAAAUUCAAUUCUCCCUUUAGAUUCAUGAUCAGUAAGUUCUGAUUUAUUUCAUUAUUUAAAUCUUCAAUAUAGUUGACUUCGUUACGAUAUUAAACUUCGUUAAUAUUUUCGGAUCCCCCAUCCCUAGUUCCUACUUCAAUAACUAUUUAAAUAUUUAAUAAAUUAUCAAUACAAUUUAUAAUUAGUUUACUAGAUAGAAAACUUUUGUUUUAGAUCCUCGAUAAUGCUAAAUGCCAUAUUAGUCUAGCAUACAUGAAAAAAUAAGGUUGUGCACCACUUAAUAUAGAAAUAACUACCUAAAUAUUCCCUUUUUUCUGAAUUCUCUGAUAUUUUAACGUAGAUUUAUAGAUAAUAGUUUAAGAUAGAGGUAAUCAUAGCUUAACAUUAAGACGACGUGCUGCCGUCGUGAUAUUUUUGAUUCGUAUUUUUAUAAAGCAAAAGUUACGAAUGACUAAGGUUGCUUUGCUUGUGCAGGGCCGUGAAAUGAUUCUCUUCUCAGUUUAUUAAUCACCUUAUUAUAUUUACGUUCUUAUAGAAUUUUCCUUCAACAAACAAUAGGCUUGAUUUUAAUUCGUUUCGUUUUCAAUACUAUUAUUCAAAUACUUUGAAAUCUUAAUAUAAAUUCUUGCAAACUGAACUAUAUUUUCUUUGAAAGGAUUUGAAAGGCCCGGAGAUGUCAUAUGAAGAGGGCGUUAGUGUAUUAUUAAAUUUUCGGGGUUCUGAAGCGUCAGAUUGGUAUAUACAUAUGUUUUUUAUUUAAGAUAUUUCAUUAUCAAUUGUGAGACGUUUGAAAGUUAGUAAUAUACUAGCAGCUGUGAGAGGUAACUGAUGUGAAAACGCGACGCAGUUCGAGAAAAACCGUCCAGUUGUGGCGGCUUUUGCACCCUCAGGUGGCGUGAAGGCAAAAGUCGCAUCAAGCGAUAACAACUUCAACAUCCCCAAGUAUAGGGACGCGAUUCGCUUGAAGGCACGGGGCACCCGAGGGCGCACGAAUGCAACAUGUACAUUUUAUAUUUUUGGAUUGCUAACUUUAAGAUGUUAUAUUUAUAUAUGUAUACGUAGUGGCGGAUACGAAACCAGUAUUUCGAAAUGUAUUGCGCCAAAAGUUUUGAUGUAUUAAUUUUCCAAUAAAAUUCUCUCGUUUUCGUUGUCAAAUGAAUAGUUCGUUUAGCUAGUGGUCAUGUGUAUAUUUUUGGAUAAUGUGCACGAUUGCUUUCGAAAGCCAGACGAUAAAUAUAUAAGGGAAGGCCGUCAAGUACAUUGUUGGAGAAUAUUUUUAAUGGUGACGCAGAACCUGAACGCUGAAAGCAAUAAUAUUUUUGUGGUACAAAAUUACUCCGAUUUUUAGAAAAAGAGUAUUUUAUUAACCACGCGGUCGUCAUGGAAACCGGUCAAAUCAUAGAAUGCUUUUAGUGCCGCCGUAGAUUGUGCUCCGAUAUCAACAAAAAAUCUAAAAACAGCGUCCUAAGAUUGUAUUACUUAAGGGGAUUUCAUUACAUUUUAUCUGCCACUCGAUUGCCGCUCCCUAGAACUCGCUACCCGUUGAUUUGAACCGCGAGAAACUGUUUUAGGCGGAUCAUAUACGAGAAUAUUUUAAUUAGUUAGCAGAUUCAAAUAGAUAUUAUUUUCUUAGUGCCAUACAAACUAAUUUUAGAGAGGUUUACAUAAGCAGAUUCGGAAAUCACUAGCGAUUUUAGUGUUUUGUAAUAAAACGUGUGAUUUAAAAAAAAAAAACGAUCGGAGCACAUGUUUAUGGCUCGCGUUAGAUUGACCACGGCUAAAAAAAUAGUGCACUAGAUGUAGGAAUAGUUAGAGAAAUUACUACGUAUAUAUAAACGAUAUGAAAAAAAAAAGAAAUCUUGAAAUCUAUACAUAGAAUUAUAAUAUUAAAUAAAUUUAAACUAAUACUUUUAUUAUAACAAGCUUGUUCACAUUAUAAAAAAAACGUAUUUAGAUAUAUAUAGAUGUAAUGUUUUGGAAUGGGACAAAAGGAUAUGGAAUGAGAUUAUUAGUGAGAGUAGGGGGGCGUUAUUAGUUUUUUGGGACUACUUUUUUACAGAAUUUAAUAUCAGUGUUUACAUAAAAUAUAUUGUGUAAGUAUUAGUAGUAUUGUUUUGUAGCUAAGACAUCGAUUAUGUAUUGCCAAUUUUGUAUAUUUUUUAAAUUAUUUAAUAUCUAUUAAUGAAUAAGAUUAUUUUGAAAUUAAUUGAAAAUGUGUAAGGCUGUGGUGGGUUUUCCUUGGAAUCGGUAAACGAAUUUAUUACUAAAUUUAUUUUCUGUUUAUGUGAAAAUAUACUUUUUAUUUAUUAAAAAAAAAAUAUUACUUUUGACAUUCAAAGAUUUUGUGUUAUAGUCGUACAUUCCUGGUUUGAUGUUUGUUGUUUGAGUGUAAUAUAAGCCGGUUGAUUCGUAUGUAAAUUUGUAACUAAAAUUUAUUUUAUGUAAACACACCGAUCGUAUUUAGUUAAUGUGUUGUUUAUGCUGCGCCAGAGGCGGUUUACUUUGACAUUGUGAUAUGGCUUAAACGGAUUUUGUGUGAACCAAUAUCGUUUAUAGAAUAGAAACUGCAGUAGCUCCGUUCACUCGACGAGUUGACAAAGUUUUUCAAAUCGUUAUUUUAAGAUUUCUUAUGAAGUUUGAUCUCAAUAUGUGUAGUUUUUUUUUUUUUUUAUUAAAAUAAAUACAAUCUUAAGUUUGCUUUAAGCCUAAAUAUAAUAUUGCAUAUCAAUUAGAUAUUAUAUAACUUGUUUUUAUCUCCUUGUUGUGUUAAAUAUGAAUUUCGCAGCCAAUAAUUGAGUUGAUUUUAAACCUUAGUUAUUUCAUUGUUUUAAUAUUAUUAUUUCUUCAAUGUAUGUAUGUAUUUAAUGCUGUAAACCUAUUUUCGUAGUAAUACAAAUACUGUUGCUUGAGAUUUUUAUAUAGUAGCGUAAACAUAUUUGAUAGCAAAUUUUUAAUAAAGUUAUUUUUUUAUUAUAUAAAUACUUAUCUUUAUUUGUAUGCGAAAUGUAAUCGUUAAUUAGUUUCUCUUCAUUAUAGAGAGUGUAAAAAGUUGUUAUGUACUGCCAGUUUGAGGUUCUAACACCAAAUAAUGAGAGUCGUAUGUAAGUGCGGGAGUCGCUCCUGCUUGUAUAUAAAUAUCCGUUACGAUAAAAUUUCCCAGUUCCGUUUAAUUCCCGUUUGUUUGAAGUUAUCGAUACGGCUUUGUUUUAUGGUAUUUGAGAUUUUAUUCGUCAAUAUUUAUUCCGACCAAUCACGUAAGUGGAACGUCGAUUACAAAAACCGCGUUACCGCAUCCUGAUUGGUCGUUUAAGAUACUAGUCUGUUUUUUUAAUUAAUAAAAUUUAAUUAUACGAAUUAGUAAUAAAAUGAUUAAAGUUCUUUAUAAGUGCUAAUUAUUGAAUUUAUUUUAAUUUUUUUAGUUAUCUUUAUUUAAAAUUUAUUGUUUUAUCGAAAUCAUUCAUUAAGUUGUAAUUGCAGAUUUGUUACGUAUUUCUUUGUAAUAUUGUACGUUCUUAAUUAGUUUUAUUGACAAAAUUUUUCUCGCUUAUAUAGGUAACUGUAAAAGUAUUACUGAUAUUUUUCUUCGCGUUUACUUAAAAAAAAAAAAUGUAAUCAAAUAAAAAGAACAUACAAUUUUUGUUUUUGGACUCGGUGACGAAAUGAUCAUAUUCGCUGUAUUUUUCAUUCUAAUAUUGUUUAAAUUCGCUUCACAAUAUUAUGUCUUGUAAUUAUUUUUAUAUUUAUGUAUAUAACAUGAACUUUUCAAAUAUUAGUUUUAGCACAAAGCAUAUGACAGCAAUCUAUAUUUGUCUGUGAUUUAAAAAUUAUCGCGUGUAUGAUCAUUACGUAGUUGGCUAUGGAAUAAUAGAUCGUAUUAUACUACGGAAAAGGUUGAAAAUCAUGUGAGAAACGGUGUUACAUCAAAUAAUAUCUAGAUGUAUUAAAACAAAAUAAUCUUCCUUUGUAAUUAUUAUAAUCUAUAAACACUACAGAAUUGUGAUUCAAAGCAAUUUAAAAUAUUACUGCUGAUUA